AGGGGUUGGGAAUCGAUAUGAAUACGUCCGCGAAGCGCGCUCGUUGCUGAAUCUUUCCACGCUACCACGCGAAAUUCCCGGCCACGCGAAGGCUGGCGAAGGCAGAGAACGUGCCCUUGCGCGAAACCGGAAGUACGAGCGUCGUCCCCUCCGUUUCUUCAGCCGCGCAGGGUGACCGCGCGAAUCACGUCGUUCCCAGCGCGCCUGUCCGAGAACGGGGACGGGGAUCGAAUCGAGGCACGGUCCCGAUAUAUCUCAGGGGGUGGCUACCUUAGCCUGCCAUUCGCACGCGAAACCCGCGCGCGACGAGUAAGCCGAGGAGCGAAGGCAAGUGUCGGCGGAGUAUUCCGAUUCGAGAACCUGCUCAAUUCCGCAGGAAACAUCUCUAUAGCAGAAACGAACGCUGGAAACUCGAGACUGAAGAAUUAAAUCUGGAACGUGAAGAACCGGGAGCGGGAGAGGGAAGUGUGCGUUAAAAUUGAUUUUGGUCGAUCGCAGUGUGGGAAAGAGAGAGAGAGAGAGAGAGAGAGAGGCAAAAGAGACGUCAAAGCGGACGAAGGACGAAGAGGAGUAACGUGUGACGUUCACACGAGAAGAUUCGCGGGCGAUCGAACGCGCACGCAGCAACGUCGUGCAACCUCGAGAGAAGGAGCGAGUGAAAGAGAAAGAGAGAAAGAGCGAGAAAGAGGGUGUUCGAUUAGUCGGGCGACGAGGUCGAUCGGACGACGAGGACGAUGGCAGUAAGCGCUUUCUCGACGACAUUGCACACCACCGAUUUUGCCACUACGUGUCCCACUACACCCGCGCUCUGGACCGAGGCAUCGCUACCACCCGAAGACGAGGAGGAGAACGUCCUGCACAUCGGCGGUAUCUUCCCCGUCGCCGGCGAGGGCGGCUGGCAGGGCGGCCAGGCUUGCAUGCCAGCUGCGCGUCUGGCCUUAGAGGACGUUAAUCGCGAAAAGAACUUGUUACGCGGAUAUAGACUGCACCUUCAUUCCAACGAUAGCGAGUGCGAACCCGGCCUCGGCGCAUCCGUAAUGUAUAACUUACUAUACUUUCCACCCUAUAAAUUAAUGCUGUUGGCUGGCUGCAGCACGGUAUGCACCACGGUCGCCGAGGCGGCGAAGAUGUGGAACUUGGUGGUGCUCUGCUACGGUGCAUCAUCGCCGGCGCUAUCUGACCGGAAUCGAUUCCCUACCUUGUUCAGGACGCAUCCUUCCGCCACCGUGCACAACCCCACGAGAAUCAAAUUGUUGCAAAAAUUUGGUUGGUCUCGGGUAGCCAUAUUGCAACAAGCUGAAGAAGUGUUCAUAUCGACCGUUGAAGAUCUAGAAGCACGAUGCAAGGAAGCUGGGAUAGAGAUAGUCACUCGUCAAAGCUUCCUAUCGGAUCCAACGGACGCGGUGAAGAAUCUACGUCGUCAGGACGCGCGGAUAAUCGUUGGCCUGUUCUACGUCGUAGCCGCGAGACGGGUGCUCUGCGAACUCUAUCAUCAGAAGCUGUACGGUCAGUCUUACGUGUGGUUCUUCAUCGGCUGGUACGAGGACGACUGGUUUGAGAUCAACCUGGAAAAGGAGGGUAUCACCUGCACGAAGGAGCAGAUGCGAAUGGCGGCGGAGGGACAUCUAACUACCGAGGCGCUUAUGUGGAAUCAGAAUAAUGACACGACAAUCAGCGGCAUGACUGCCGAAGACUUUCGAAAGAGAUUGAACAAGUUGCUCAAAGACGACGGCUACGACAUAGAUAACAAUCGAUAUCCGGAAGGAUACCAAGAGGCGCCUCUCGCCUACGACGCCGUCUGGUCCGUCGCUCUUGCGUUCAACAGAACCAUGGAAAGGCUAAGCAAGUUGGGGAACAGUCUGAAGAACUUCACUUACGAAAACAAAGAGAUCGCCGACGAGAUAUACGCAGCAGUAAACUCGACCCAGUUUCUUGGAGUUUCCGGUUACGUCGCGUUCAGCUCGCAGGGCGACAGGAUCGCUCUGACGCAAAUCGAGCAAGUGAUUGAUGGAAAGUACGUUAAAUUAGGGUACUACGAUACGCAAAGCGACAAUCUAACGUGGCGAAACCUGGAACGAUGGAUCGGCGGCAAGGUGCCGCAGGACAGAACGAUAAUAAGAACCGUUUUGAGAACAGUGUCACUGCCCUUAUUCAUAAGUAUGGCGACCUUGUCGGCGCUCGGUAUCAUGAUAGCCAUCGGAUUGAUCGUAUUUAACAUCUAUAAUAGGCACCGAAGAGUUAUAUAUUCGUCUCAUCCUACCGCCAACACGAUAAUGCUGGUGGGAAUAAUAGGCUGUUUCUUGGCUGUGCUGUGUAUAGGAAUUGACGGUAGGUUCGUGACGCCGUGGCAGUUUUUGAUAGUCUGCCAAGCUAGAGCGUGGACGAUGUCGGUUGGUUUCACUCUGGCGUUCGGUGCCAUGUUCAGCAAAGUGUGGAGGGUCCAUCGGCUCUCUACAAAAGCGAAAGCCGAUCAAGGAAAAAAGAAGAUUGAACCAUGGAAGCUGUACGUUAUGCUGGGCGGAUUGCUGUCAGUGGAUAUCAUCCUUCUCGUCACUUGGCACGUGGUUGAUCCGUUGCGACGCAAAAUCGAGCCCUUCGCCCUGGAGCUGCCUCCUUUCGGAGACGAGGACGCAAUGAUCAAACCCGAAUUGGAACAUUGCGAGAGUGAACACAACAGCUUGUGGCUCGGCUUGAUCUACGGCUACAAAGGCAUUGUUCUUGCAUUCGGGCUCUUUCUAUCUUACGAGACAAGAAGCAUCAAAAUCAAAUUGAUCAAUGAUUCCAGAUACGUGGGAAUGUCGAUAUACAAUAUCGUAGUUCUAUGUCUCAUAACGGUACCAGUGGUAAUGGUCAUCUCUAGCCAGCAGGACGCGAGUUACGCCUUCUCAGCGUUGGCCACUAUUUUUUGUUGCUUCCUCAGCAUGGCCCUCAUCUUUGUGCCGAAGGUCAUCGAAGUGAUUAGACAUCCUAGAGACAAGUCAGAGUCGAGAUACAAUCCAGACGGCGCAGUAUCCAAGGAAGAGGAAGAGAAGUAUCAGAAACUGCUCAACGAAAACGACGAACUUCAGAAACUCAUUGCAGCGAAAGAGGAAAAGAUUGUAGCCAUCAAGCAGAAGCUGGCUGAACGCGAUGCCCUGAAGGGAACCGGCACGAGUCGUUGCAGACAAGGUCAGCCCAAACAAUCCUUCAUCGUUGCUGACUAUCCUACCGGCGAGGGAACAUCGGACAGUGCUAUCGGUGGGGGUAUUUCCAUUUGUACAAAAUCCUCUCGCGCUUCCGCUUCUGAUGUUGAGUUUUCAGAGACGUACUUAUAAUCUCUCCACACACACGAGUAAAGUCAGGCCGCUACGGACGUCCUCAUGCAUUCGCGCGAUACAUUUGGGACCUAAAGUUCUUUUCAAUCGAUCUCGAUGAUUAUCGUUAUGCUUCGCUUUUAAAUUGAACGUAUUUCUGGUAUUAUUUAUCGUAAGUAUCGAUGGGUACGUACUUGCGUGUUUCUUCACGAUGCACUUUCAAGCAAUGUCUCGUUGAAGUGACCGGAGUACACUAUUAUCCACAGUAGCUAUCCACCGCAACGCGACGAUAACACGGAUUAAAUAUUGAAUGACUAAGUCCGCACGUUUUAAAAGAAUAAUGGAACACCAGAGAAACUGGGUCGUGAUUUUGAUUUUAUUUUAAAAAAAGAUGGCACAUGCAUUUUUCUUACACAACUUGUGCACGAUUGAUAAAUUAUGUUGCAUUAUCUUCAUUGAUUGCAGACUCGAUAAAUAUAAAAAAAAAAUGAUCUAUUAAUACAAUACUAAAAUUAACAAAUAAAGUAUUAAUGUCAUGUUAAUGUAAAUGUUAGCUUCUCAUCAAAUUGUUUAGAGGAUUUUUUUUAAUUAUUAAUAAAAUUUAUAUAGCUUUACGUUUUAGCAAAAGGGUACACCAAUUUCGUAGUUUUAGUACAUUGGUAAAUAAUUAAAUAUGCAAAUGGUAUCGAUUAAUAUGUGUACGUGAAGUAGGAAUUUUUAUCUUAGUGAAUUAUAAUAGUUCUCUUCCUGCGAAUUUAGCUAAACGAGAAACACAGGAUCUAAUGAAAUCUGGCCUAUGCCUUAUGAAAAUUUUAUGAAAGUUGGCCCUAUCUUUCUGACAGCAAUGUGUUCUUCUUUCUGUAAUUAUCUACUAUUAUCGAUUAAUUAUUUACUGGUAGAACGACAUGUGUAUUUUUAUAUGUAACUCGAUUUUUAUUAGCUGUUGUGUAGACACCCGAGAUUGGAUGUUUGUGAAAUUAGCAGGUGUAUUUUUCAACACCUGUAAGAAAGUAUAUUCAAUCAGAUUUUCUUAGCGAAAUACAAUCUUUAUCCUAUGGACCAAGUUACCCCCCCGUGGAAUAACGUUUUCAGGGACGGAGCUUUUGAGUAUUUUAUAUCUUGACUUAUAACUCUUUUAUCGAGAAACUAUAUGCUCGAAGGAAAAUAUAACGAAGUCUUUCAAACAUGAUCUUCAAUAUCAUCGAUUUCAGUCAGAUGCAUAUCUUGAUAUUUUUCUUAAAAAUGUAAUAAAUUGCAAGAGAAAAAAAAAGGACAAAAAGUUACAACAGACGGAAACGAAACGUGUUCGCUGAAAGUUAAACCUAACAAAAUGUAUUACUGUUUUUAAUAAAAACGAGAAAACUGAAAUUACAUUCUUAUAUCGGACAUGUAAUUUUCUCGUGAAUUUGUGAAAAGAUUUACCUUUAAACAAGAUAAUAAGAAAGAAUACAAAUAUAUAUUUUGAAACGCACAAUAUAUAAAUAUAAUAGACAUGUUAUACUUAAAGUAAAAAAUGAAUUAUUUAACCGGUAUAGAUAACGCGGCUAUAAAUUGCAAAUUGGAUUUGACUGACUCAGGAUGAUGUUUAUACAUGCUUAUCAUUUGUUACAGAGCACGAAGCAAUUUAUAAUGUUUACGUUUAGGCCUAAAAUAAUCUUUACUCUUUAUCACAUGACUCAGUUUAUUGCAGUUAAAUCUCGUUAGAAAAGUGUCGUAUUGAUUGUGUACAGUAUCAAACGUUGUUGUAAACCUCAUGAAGCGUACUCCCAAAUUUGAAGAGACAAGAAGAAAUCAAAUUAUGAAAUUUAGUCCAAUCCGGAUUAACGCAGAUUGUCAUAAACGCGUGAAGUGUGCUAACGAGAUUUAAAUGCUGCCGAAUUUCGUACCGUUCGUUUAUAAUUUGGGAGUCUUGAUGAGGUGAAGUGUUACCAUUACUGUUUAGCAUGUAAGAGCCGGGUUGCACGAUUGUUAAUUUUUGAUGAACGUUUUUGACAGAACGCCGAACAUGUUGUGGAUCGUAUUCGGAUACUUACGGAUGAGAGGGAUGUACAUUUUUUUCGACUUCCAAAUCAUUUACGGACGGAUUCGGUAUCAGCUAAUUGUCCAUCUGCAAGCUCGCGAGAUUUAUGGUGUUUGACCUUUUGUUUUUUUAGGCACGCAGCACAUCGCCGAAAUGUACGAACUGCACCGACUAUGAUGCCAAAGCAAUACACACGCAAACGAGCGCUACGCUUGCGACAAAACUCUCUUCUAAAACUAGUAUUAAAUCUACGUGCACGGUCAAUAUGCGAAGCAUAUACGAGUCUUGGAACACGCCAAAAGUGAGAAUGACUCUCCGUAAUGUCUGAGACGUGAUUUCGCGAUGACGGGAAACCCCGUUUGAAGUACUGUAAGUUAGUUCGUAGCGGGUGGAAUUGUUUUAUAUGUUUCGAUACGAUUCGACUGCGCCUUAGAAAGAGGAAGAAGAGCAAGAACAAAAAGAAAAAAAAGAAAAAGUAAAGAUACGGUAUUGAGACAUAUAUAUGUAUUAUAAAUAUACGUCGCGCGGAUGUUACGGCUGUCUAUCGCGUAUUCUCUCUCAGGCACACAAACCGAAAAUAAUGUGAAAUCUGUCGUUGUAAAUCCCGUGUAUAGACAGUAAUUUAAAACGGAAUGUAAUUUCUCAUUUACCUACCACGCGCGCUCACCCACGCAGUAUUUUUUACUGUACUCGUUUGAUCAACUGCCGCGCAAACGGCGCUUGUAAGUCUAGCAUUAUACAUUAUACGAUAGUCCUAUCGAACUGUUGACGAAAGUAUCACAUAUAUGUACGUUAGAUUAUGGAGAUAUUUAUUUUUAAGUUUUUGAAUUAUAAAAUCCGUUAAAAAAUCGAAGGCUCUACCUAUUAUUGAACCCUUGGAUUGUUUACUCGAUCCGAAGCUCGCAAUCGGCGUGAUCGCGAGUGUUCAUAUCUCUACGUUGUUUCUAGAGUUGAGAUUUUAAUAAAGAAAAUUUAAACGCCA